ACCAGAGGCUGCCUUGCCCCAGAAACCACCACACGUUGUUGCAGUGCACGUACAUGCAUAUAUCCCGCUUUUGUUUUGAUCGACUCCUCUUGCCAAAUAUUUCCUGCCUUGCCCCUCUUCUGGCAAUGAAGCUAUGAAUUUUGUUUGCCUACGUCCUCGAAAGCAAGUUGUCACCUCGGAUCUAUUGCACAUUGGCCUUGGGCAGAGGUCUUUGAACGUGGAUGAUGCGGUCGGGGAUUCAUAAACCUGGCGCAAUUCCGUUUCUCGCUCUUUUGGUGUUUUCGCUCCUGAGUUUGGUGCCGUCGUUGGCCAAGGAGUGGGAUCUGUAUAAUUUGCAGGUGGGAUACAUCGGGUAUCAACGGCACGAUGUUCGACAAGCUCCACGAGUCAAAGAUGAUUCAAUCGAUAUGUGGUCGAGGUUCCGCACAUCCGGUGCUCGAUGCCAGUCGUGGAUGAUCGAUGAUAGCUCCUGUCAACCCCCGCGACGCGCCGUUCUCGAUACGCCUCAGGAUUCUUUCGAAGCAGCUACCAUAUACGACGAGCCGGCGCCUUAUGUUGAAGGGCCAUCGACCUUGACUCGAGGGGUUCGUGCAUUCAAGGCGUUUGUCAAACAAUUGGAUAGCCGCCCGGCUGCCCCGCUAGAUUCGACAGAGGGCAGCGAAACAGUCUCUACGCGCCGUACCCCCGCGUCCUUCAAUGCUUCUAUACCUCCUUUACAUUUCGGGCACGAAAGUUGCCCUUCAGUGCACGAAGAUUCAGCUUUGUCGACAAAACCUAGUUGGCACAUUGCGUUCCGAGAAUCAUGGCAGCAGGCCUGCCGCGUUGGGAAUGACUAUAUAGAAAAGAUCGCGCAGUAUCGAUUGGGGGAGAAAGCUCUGCAACCGGUUGAAUCCGGCAAUUCCUCCGAAUCGCAGUUGACACCCCCGAGCAAACCGUCCGAAGAAAUUUUCUCCGAAGCGCGACCUGCGAAUGGUAGCGUCGAUCCUGGCGCGCCCCGAGUCCCGUCGCGAGUGCUGUCGACUCAACCGCCUAACCCCACUGUGACCACUGCCGGCCAGUCCAAAAACACCGGGUUCGGCCAAGAUUCGGAGCAUAUGCGCGGAAGCUGCAUGGCGAUUGUGAUUGCCUUGGUUGCCGGUGUCAUGUGGUUUUAACCGACAAGCACCGUUGGUGUCGAAUAUCCAUCCGAGCAUGAAAUGCACGCUGCUCGGACAUUUCUAACAUUCUACGACUUCCAUUCAGUGGUCCUGGCGAUGGCGUUCGAUUCUUGUGAUUGCUUAUUCGGUUAUUCUGUUCCCGGACAGAUUUCGUCGACGGGCUGGUUAUGAUUCUCUGCAACUACU